UUUCAUUUCAUUUUAAAGCUGAGUGAAACAUGCGACCAGAUGAGCACAAAAAGAAGAAAAACGCACAGUACAAAAAGAAACAUGGGAUAAAGGAAGAAAGAAAAGGGGAAACCGCUAAAGACAAAAAAGGGAAUACUGAAGAAACAUUGGCGAACACGGUGAAAACUGAUAUUAGCGACAGAUCGGGUAGCGGCCAUACCCCUAAUGUAGCCCGAUUUUCUCGACGGGAAGUGAAAAGUAACUGGGAGAAAUAUGAACUGCCUCCAGAGGAAGAUCCCUAUAUAGGACCUACACAAAAAGGAGAAAGCUUUGAAAAACUUUUAAAAUAUGAAGGGGCAUCAGCUGCGCAGUUCAGAUUUAAGGAUGAGGCAUUGUGGGAAGAGGAGGCCGCCAGUCCACAUUACGAUCAGAUGUCAAUAGAUCUCGUGGCUCUAUCUGACAGUCUGCAGUCUCUUCCCCUGUAUCAAAAGCUGGGUAUCAGCAAAGAACAUUUUACUAAGGAACAACUACAAAUAAUGGAGACCCAAUCAAUGCAAAACUCAUCUGAUAAAGACAAUAUUCCCAAAGAAAAUAAACAACACACUCCACCUCAAAGAAACCUCACUGGUGACACUAAAGAGAGUCCCAAAGCUCAAAAGGACUUGUGCAAAAAUGACAAAACUCAAUCAAAAACUGACUUCGUUUGUGUAGAAAGCGACCAACAAAAUCCUGUUGUUCAAAAUUCAGAAGAAACGGAAGUGAAAUUCCAGACCCCAAGUAUAGAUGACCAGGAACUUGACGCACUGUUGUCCAUGGAAACGUCCGAAAAAACACGAAUUCCCAAGAAUGUACACACUAAAGGAGAAACAGCUGAUGAUCUUGAGGACUGGUUAGACAGUAUUUUAGAUUAAGAAGAGAAGAUAAAUUUUCACAUAACCCUUAGUGUUUAAACAAUUGUAGAAAUAGUUAUAGUCUAUAAUGAGAGUUAUCUUUCUUAUCCUUAAAACUCUUCUUUUUGAAGCAAAAACUGACAGACAAAUAAGUAUAAAAAUAUAUUUAUGUGUACUACAUGUAUGUUAUUAACAUAUAUUCUCAUACUUGAUUUUUAUCUUUCUGAAAGAUUGUCUGAAUUUAGUAUGAGAACUUUUAUAAAUAUACAAUGUUCUUUCAUUAUAAAUUAGAUGCUAUUGUGUGUCAUACCAUCUUGGACAUUUUUUUUUGGAGGACAGAAAUUUGUCUACCGAUAUUUGAACUAAUUUUCCCGGUUGUAGUACCUUGAUUUUAAAAAAAAAAUUUUUACUGUGCAUUGAAUCAUGAAAUUACGACCUACUUUGAUAAUGAGUUACAUAAAGAUACCAAAAAUUGAAUUGUUAAAUAAUAGAUGAGUAGAUAUACCAGUGUGACUUUUUGUACAAUCAUUUAGAAAAUCUUUCAUUUAAAGUUGUGGGUCAGACUGAAGUUGUAAUAUUUAUCCAUUCUUUGUGAUUUUUUUUUUGUCAGUUUAUGGUGAUUUUGUUCUUACAAUAUUGAAGAAUGGAACAAAAAAUAAAGUAUAUAAAAGCAAUUUU